GUAAAUUGCCUGCCAGCUGCACUUUCACGACUUUUGGCACGAGCCUGCUGUGAAUUAAUGCUCAAAGCAGACAAUCAGCAAGAACUUUAAGCAUAUAAGCCACAUACAGGCCGAGCUGAGUUGAGUCAAACCGACCCGUACAUCGAACCAAUACACUCAUACAUAUAUAUACAUAUAUAACAAUAUGGGUCUCUUGCUCAGUCGCCAACUGAGCACCGCUGAUUUGAAGGCCCAUCAGAGCGCCACAGGUCUGUCUUACUCCCAAGUGGAGCAUCUGCACGCACGAUUCCAGGCACUUGAUCGCAAACAGCGGGGCUAUCUAACGCCCACGGAGUUGCUGCGCAUUCCACAGUUGGCGCAGAAUCCGCUGCAUCGCCAGAUCGUGGAUGGUUUCUUUGCCGAGGGCGGGGAUCGAAUCGAUUUUGAACAGUUUCUGCGCAGAUGUGCGAUCUUCUUGGUGCCUCAAUUCGACUCUGUACCGCCAGAGCGCGUCGACAAUCGGGUUAACAAGAUGCGACUGCUCUGUCAGAUGUUGGACACACGACGUGCCGGAUUUAUAGCAUGCGAAGAUUUUCGACAAGCGAUGGAUGCCUAUCUGAGCAGCUUGCCGCGAACCGAUGCGGGCGAUGAGGGGGCGGCUCGCGACAUAGAGGCGGAACUACAGCUGCUGAUGGAUCAGAUGUUUGAGGGGCGCGAGACUAUUUCCUACGAGAUGUUCGAACAGCGCUUGUCUAGCGCCAAUGUGGAGGGCAGGCUGGUGGUUAACAAAUGGCUGGUGGGUCCCAAUGGCGAAGAGAAUGGGAAUGGGAAGGGCCAUGCAUGAACUGAGAACGUGUUUGGGGAUAUUUGUAAGCUUCAUUAAAUGUGCAAAUCGCGCGGUUAAGCUGUCAAAGUAUUAAAACUUAUAUGAUAGCAUAUUUCAACACAAUAAGAAUAAUUUAUAUUUCAUAAUUUUUAUUUAUUAAUACCUGCGGCUUCGGCUGCCCACACAAUUUUCUCAAUACAUUCAAUACAAUACAAUAUAUUAAUAAUUUUUCGCAAUAAUAUUUUCUUUUAUCCGUUCUAUAUAUAUAUUUUAUAUUAAUCAAUAUUUAUCUUCAAACUCGCCAAGCUUCAAGGACAUUCGCUCCCCGU